AUAGCGCAAUUCACAAUGGCCAAGAAGACUAAGUCUAAGGUUGACACAAUCAACUCCAAGCUUCAGCUUGUGAUGAAGUCAGGUAAGUAUGUGAUUGGCACCCAGCAGACGCUUUCCACGCUUCGUCAGGGCCGUAGCCGUCUUAUAGUGAUCUCCAACAACUGCCCACCGGUGCGCCGUGCGGAGAUCGAGUACUAUUGCACACUCAGCAAGACCCCUAUUCACCACUAUUCAGGCAACAACCUUGAUCUUGGUACGGCUUGUAGCAAACAUUUUCGUGCCUGUGUCCUCUCCGUGACGGACUUUGGUGACUCGGAUAUUACAGCUUAAGAGGGAAUUGUGUUAUUUCGAUUAUUUAUGUUUUAUGAUUCUUUAAAAAGCGUGAAAAUAACAUUUAUGUUCAUUUGGUCAUAAAAUA